AACUGCUUCAGUUACAGGUCAGAGACAGAGAAGGGAAACUGCUUUUUAUUUUCUUGCCAUUUUUUCCAGACAGAAGUGGGACAUCAUCUUGUCCCUCCCCAAAGCUCUCCAGGCACAUGGGAGUAGCUCAGUGCUGGCCCAGUUCUCUGAGAGAUAACAACAUUUGAGAGAUUUGAGAUAAGUGUUACUAACAGCUCUGUUGUCUCUUGAUUGCAAAGAUUCAGUCCUACAGACCCAGACCGUUGAGACAAAAAGGGAAUUUCUACAUAUGGGUUUAUCUAAAUAAACACUUCCAGCUCCCUUGCUUCCAGAGCCCAGCUCCAGCCUACAGUUCCUUGUUCCUAUGCAUGUUGAUGGUUUGCUGUCACUGAGCACGAAUAUCCCUUGCAAGAGCUGCUCAAGGGCUCAUUUCUGCUCUGCAGUAGCGCUGUGAGUCACCAGGUGCCACCAGCGAGUCAUCUCAGCCUCUGCUCAUGUGCCCGCCGCUUGGAUUCCACCCACAAAAUUCAAUAUAUCCGAGGAUUGCUCCCAGACAAAAGCUGCCAGGACAGAGAGGAUUUGGGGACUUCGCCUCCCCAGGACAGCCUGUUACCUGCACCUGAGACACUGGGACUACGUGCUUUCCUUCCUAUGGAAAGGAGCUGUCAUUGCUGCCAUUCUCUGCCUGGAUGCCAUUGCUGGAAUUUCAAUUCCACCUCCAAAACUGCAUAUAUGCAAGGACUGCUCUCACACGAGAGACGUGGUGCAGGGGAACAGGCAGAAGUGCUCUGAAAUGGAGGGGAACCCUCUGAUUUAAGCCCUUAAAAUGAUGAAAAAGGGUGAGUUUCCUUCAAUUUAACCCCUUAAAAUUAGGGAAGAGGAGGGAUCUGCCUUCACCUAAAUCAGCCCUCAUGCUGUCACAUCCAGUGCAGUAAGCAUGCUUCCUCUAGAUCUCAUUAUCUUCUGAACUGAACUGUACUGUCAGCAUGUAUUCUUUAUCAUUCUUCUAAGUGAUAACAGGUUUUAGUUCCUCCAGCAAAAUUAAAGCAUAGAACUUUUGCCAAUGAGCCCGUGGCCUUGAGCUUUGAAGCAGAAAUGCUUGUAAAACAAUAAACAUCUACCUCCCUUUCAGAAAAACUUGACUGUUAAUGUGAAGGAGUUGCAAUGGCUAUCUCCCCUUCAAUCUUUUCUUUGAUUGGAGAUGACCUCUGAAAUGGAGCAUUUCAUUCAGUGUUUUGCUUCAGUAAUUUACAACAAACCUUUGAACAGAGAGAAUCUUGUUUAUUUCUGGACACCCGUUUCCACUAAAGGCUUUUCCCAGACUAGCACGAAGACUAGCACAAUCAGCCAUCCUGAAUCAUCUGGACAAAAUAUGAAAUUCAUUGGCUUAGAUGUUUCUUUCUUCAUUCUUUCCACCCUCACUGCUCUUUGGAAUGCAGGAGCUGAAGACUCUUGUGCACAGAGAUGUGGGGAGCUGCUUGGUACCUGUUCUUGCCAGGUGACAUGCCAGUCCUUGGGGACAUGCUGUCCUGAUUAUAAAGAAUUUUGUCUUCAAAUUUCUCCAUACUCAGGAUCUCUUAUGGGAGGCAAAGACUUUUUGAUUAACAACACAGCAUUUGAUCCCUCUUCUAAGCUAAAAUGCAGGUUCAAGAAGGAGAUCACAACCAGUGGCUAUAUUGACAAGGAUGGAAAAGGCCACUGCAUCUCCCCAUUGCUUUAUGAGACUGGUUUCAUCCCUUUUGAAGUUUCUGCAGAUGCUGGGUCAACGUUUCCCUACUCUGGAACUUGGUUAUCAGUACAUCACAGCAAAGUUUCAGAUGGAGAAAAAUGCACUUUGGUAAAUGAGACAAAAUGGCAAUACUAUGGCACCUCCAACAUUGGUGGAAACUUAACUCUUACCUGGACACGCCAGACAUUUGAAACAACUCAUGUCAACAUAGAAGUCUGGGGAUACCAGGAAACAGGUGACAGUUAUUCAGAAAACUGGAUGGCUGAAUGGAAAUACCUUUAUACUUUGGCAAGAGAAACCCCCAAUACAGGGAAAUAUUCUUUCUUUCCUGUACCUGCUGAGGGAAAUUACAGUACAUGGGACUAUGGAAUUUUGAGAAUUAUACCCAGCAACUAUUUUGAUGGGCAGAGCAAUAUUCCAUCAAUCUGGAGCCCAGACCAUGCAUUGGCUUGGCACCUUGAGAAAGACUUCAGAAAUGACCCAAAUGCAUGGGCAACUGCAAAAUGUAUGGAAUGGGACAGAAAGGAAGAGUUGCUUCCAAAUUUCAAGGAAGAAAUUAUAGACUGCCCUUGCACCUUGGCACAGGCAAGAGCUGACACUGGCAGGUUCCAUACAGAUUAUGGCUGUGACAUUGAAAAGGGGAGUGUGUGUACUUAUCAUCCUGGUGCUGUGCAUUGUGUAAGAGCCAUUCAAGCCAGUCCCCAGUAUGGGGCUGGACAGCAGUGCUGCUAUGACUCCACGGGAACCCAAAUCCUCACAUACGACUCCACCGGAGGCAGCACACCUGAUCGAGGACACGACUGGGGCUCACCACCUUUCUUGAAGCCUCCCCGGAUACCUGGCUUUUCCCACUGGCUUUAUGAUGUUAUCAGCUUCUAUUACUGCUGUCUGUGGUCUGAGAAUUGUGACUUCUAUAUGAAAAGGCGGCCCUCUAGUGACUGCAGGACGUACCGCCCUCCCCGAGCUGCAUCUGCUUUUGGGGAUCCUCAUUUCUUUACAUUUGAUGGUCUGAACUUCACCUUCAAUGGCCUAGGAGAAUACACAUUGGUAGAGUCUGAUCUCACAUCCCUGAGAGUGCAAGGGAGGACACAGCAGGCACACUUUCCCAAUGGAACUGGGGCUCAGGGGACAGGCCUGUCUGCAGUGGCCAUGCAGGAGAACAACUCUGAUGUGAUUGAAGUGCGCUACUCUGAGGAUUUGCACCUGGAGGUCCUCCUGAACCAGAGGGUUCUCAACUUCUCUGAACAAACUUGGAUGGACUUGAAAGGUCUCUUUCUCUAUUCUACACCUGAUCAGAACAUCACAGUGAUGUUCUCUUCUGGGUCUGGAGUGGAAAUAAGGGGAAAUGGAGGAUUUCUGACCCUGACAAUUCUGCUCCCAGAGAAGUUUAUGAAUCACACAUGGGGUCUCUUUGGAGUAAUGAAUGACAAUCCACAGGAUGACUACACCUUCAAGAACAAAACCACCAUGUCAGUUCAUGCAAGUCCCCAGCAGGUGUUUGAGUUUGGAGCUAGCUGGGCAAUUGAAAAUGGAACUUCUCUCUUUACUUAUGACUCGGAGUUCUUACUGGACAGUUUCUUUUAUGGGGACAAGCACAAUGCCUCCUUCCUGCCCGUGUUCUCCCCUCCUGAGGACCCUGCUGAUCCCCAGCUAGAAGAGAUGGUCUCACACUGUGGCUCGGACCCAUUCUGCAGAUUUGAUGUCCUGACAACAAGAAACCUUCAAGUGGGAAAUUCCACAAGGCUUUCCCAUCAGAAUCACAAGCUGCUGGUAGAACAUCUAGAGCCAGUGAUCUCUUGUGGCUGGCUGGGUCAUCCAACCAAUGGAAGAAAGAAUAGUACCAACUACCUGCUGGGCUCAACCAUCAAUUUCACCUGCAGUGAGGGCUAUGAACUCACAGGCGGGUCACAGGAGAGAACCUGCCAAGUGUCAGGAGCCUGGUCAGGAGAGACACCCCAGUGCAGCCAAGAAACAGCUAUCAAACAAGUAAUUGUUAUUGGCAGUGUAUUUGGAUUAGUGGGCCUUGCAGUCCUGGGACGUCUGGGUUAUUUAUGCACAAAGAAGAGUGUUCACAAGUAAUAGAAUGCCAGAUAAAAUGGAAUCAAAAUUGAGUGAAUGGAAACAAAACGAGGUUCCAGCCUUUGGAAAGAAGACUCUAUGUGUAAAGAAGAACCUGAACCUGUCACAAAAAAAAGGAAAAAAAAAAGCACAGUGCCAAGCUAACAGAACACUGAUAUUGUUUUUCAGUAUUUCAUCACUUAAAAAUGCUACAUUCACAACAAAUUCAGCUCCAAGAAAUAAGAAUGUGGCAUAUUAUGCUGUGAUAUUAAAAUUUAUGCGUGAAGCCACGCUAUUAUAUGAAGACCAUUUUUUGCUCUCUGUAUGUGUCACAAAGGCCAAAAGAAAUGUAAGCAUAUUUUCCCCCUCAAAAUCAACUUUAUAUGGCAGGAGGUUUCUGUAUGCUGAAAGUGAGAUGCCUCCACACUGUGUAUUGAUACAAUAGUUAAGGCCUUCAAACUGUAUUUUGAUUGUUCCCCUUCAGAAUAGCAAAUUGUUCUCUGCCUGUAUGGGUUGCUAUUUGAUUACACAGCAGUGUUGUAAAAGGGGUACAAGGAUGUACCUUGUACAAAGGAUGUUUGCCCUAUUUCUGUUCCUGACAAAGCAACUUUUUAAAUGCUUU